GAUCAACAGCGACCUGAAAUAAUGGUGGCCACCGACGCGGGUAGCUAGAUGUGGAUUCUUCCACGGGAUAAUAAUGCAGAUGAAUUUCAGCAUGCGAUCGUGUUCUCUGGCGUCCAAAUCGGCACAUUGGUUGCAGCCCGCGUCACGGGCUGACGGCACGCCUCCCCUCUCGUCGCGUCUCGCCCGUGUUGAGGAAGUAAGUGCAGUUCACAAGGAGCCAGGGAAGUGCCGACUUGACCGUUUGUCUGUGUCCAGUAGGUGAGCUGCUGACGGGCGGAUCGUGCCGAGCACCGGCGAGAUGGCGUUGGCCGGCGGAGAUGCUCGCGGCGAGCUCGUCUGCGUCACCGGCGGCAGCGGCUUCGUCGGCUCCUGGCUCGUCCGCCUCCUCCUCGACCGCGGCUACACCGUCCACGCCACCGUCCAGAACCUCCAGGACGAGGGCGAGACCAAGCACCUGCAGGCUCUGGAUGGCGCGGACACGCGGCUCCGGCUGUUCCAGAUGGACCUCCUCGACCCCGCCUCCGUCCGGCCGGCGGUCGAGGGCGUCCACGGCGUCUUCCACCUGGCCUCCCCCAACGAGCUGCUGCUGCCGGCGGUCAAUGGCGCGCUCAACGUCCUCCGCGCCGCCAGAGACAGCGGCGUCAAGCGUGUCGUGAUGGUGUCUUCGCAGACGGCCAUGUGUCCGACGACUGCCGACUGGCCUGCCGGCAAGGUCAUAGACGACGACUGCUGGGCCGACGUUGAGAUCCUCAAGAAACUCGAGCUUUGGUACAACGUCUCCAAAACGCUGGCGGAGAAGGCGGCGUGGGACUUCGCCGGAGAGGAAGGACUGCAGCUGGUUGUGCUGAAUCCAGGGCUGGUGCUGGGCCCGACGUUGACCCCGGCACCUACUGGCAGUCUCCGUCUGCUGAUGCUGCUUCUGGGAGGCCAGAAGCUCGACAUGGAACCCUUCUUCGUCGGCUGCGUGGACGUCAGAGAUGUGGCACAAUCUCUGGUGGUGCUCUAUGAGAACCCGUCGGCGCAGGGGCGCCACCUGUGCAUGGAGUCCGCCGUACGCCUCGUCGAUUUCCACGAUGAACUUGCUAACCUUUACCCUGAAUUCCCGGUUCACAGGAUCCAGGAGGACAAACAGGGCUGGGUGGCUAAAUCUGACUUUUGGAAGGCCAAAUAUGAUCAUGAGGCUGCCAAAAAAGCUAGAGCCGCCGCAAUAGCCGCCAAGAAGACGGCCAGAAAAUCUAAGAAGAAACCAACUGCUUCUGACUUGUUCAAGUUGGAUGACGUCUCUGAGUCAGAGGUAGCCCUUGACUCUCUUGGCCUGCUUUUUAACAACCUUAUUGACACUGACUAUUACCAGGAUGACACGGGGGGCAGCCAGGCAGUAGAAGAAGAGGAGAUUGCUCGUUCCUCCUCUAGUGAUUCUUCACAGACUCAGCUGCCGGCUUUCAAGACUGCCCCCGGGUAA